CAAUUUUCUGCACAGAGGAAUAUAAAUACAUUUGUCGGCGCGGUUCUCGUCAAUUCAGUGUCUUGACAUCCUUUCAGCUCAUCCGAAUAUAAACAUGGUUUCACCUGUUACUGUGGUGAAAAGUGAAGGACCAAAGCUGGUGCCAUUCUUCAAAGCCACCUGCGUCUAUUUUGUGCUGUGGCUGCCCACCUCCACCCCAUCUUGGUUCAGUGCCCUUAUUAAAUGUUUACCCAUUUUCUGUCUCUGGGUCUUCCUGCUGGCCCAUGGCAUCAGCUUUUUAGGAGCCCACUCAAGUGCUCGAAAGAUCCUCGCAGGACUCAUUUUCUCAGCUCUAGGAGAUGCCUUUCUGAUUUGGCAGGAGCAGGGCUACUUCAGUCAUGGGCUGCUGAUGUUUGCCAUUACGCACAUCUUGUACUCCUCUGCUUUUGGGAUGAAACCGCUCAACCUACGAGCAGGCCUGGUUAUCGCCACUAUCUCAGGUCUUUGCUAUACCCUCCUCUAUCCUUAUCUGUCUGGCACCUUCACCUACCUGGUGGCCGUCUACAUCGCUCUGAUAGGCUUUAUGGGCUGGAGGGCCAUUGCUGGCGUGCAGCUGGCCAACGACCUGUGGACAUGGACCAAGCUGUCGGCUUGCUUGGGAGCUGUUCUCUUCAUGGUGUCGGACCUCACCAUUGCCGUCAACAAGUUCUGCUUCCCUGUGCCACACUCGCGUGCCAUCAUCAUGGCUACGUACUAUGCAGCACAGAUGCUGAUCGCCCUUUCAGCCGUGGAGUGCCAGGAUGCUGACGUGGCCAGGAAGAGAGUGUGAGGAGCCUAAAACGUUCAGAGCGCAGUGGCUUCACUCAUUCGGAUCCAUUCCCCCUAAACCUUUCAUCUUCAACAUCCCCUCCUUGGCAUGAUUCUGGCUGUUUUAUGUGUCUAUAGGGGUUUGACCACUGUUUGAGAGUUUACGGGGGCUGGUCUAUGUUGGGACUUUAUGCUGGAUUUGUGGUUGAGUCCAAACCUGAUCUGAAGUCCAUUAACUUCACGUUAAUAUUAUAACCCAGUGUUAGAAUCUGUCAUGCACAACAUGAAAUUAAGCAGGAAAGAAUUAAUCCAAGACACUGUGUUCUUGUAGCUGUCGAAGUUUUAAAUUAACGUUUUGCUUUCAUUUUCACUCAAGUCACACUGUCUGCUUUGUUUCUCCUUUACCCCUCUUUUGAAGUCUCAGCUGGUCUGAAGAGGUGGGAAUUGAGCCUGACAUAUACCCAUCAUGAUUACUGAUGGCUACAUGCUGGUGUAAAAAGAAUAAUAUGGCCUACAUACAGUAUAUGUAUACUGGGAACCGUUUAUUUUAGGGUGCUGGAUUCCCCACCUUUUUAAAAAAAUUUUUUUUAAAUACUCUUUCAGUUAUAGAAUGUCGAAUCCUAAGUCUCUGUUAGUAUUUUGCAUGAUUUAACUUUGUCCUUGUGACAUUUCAGAGUGUUUGCUCUGCAACUGGUUUUGUUUGGUACCUGAGCUCUUGUAAGCUCACUGCCUUCCCAACUACCAGCAACCCCCCACCCCCACUCUGCAGUCUCUUACCCCUUUUCCACCAAAUCAGUUCCAGGGCUGGUUCGGGGCCAGUGCUGGUACUGGUUCACAACUCGUUCAACUUGGGAGCCAGCCGAGAACCAGUUUGCUUUUCCAUAGCUCGCGGUGCUAAGCGAAGCCACGUCAGUUACGUCGCUGUAUACGUCAGUUACGUCAUUGUAUAAGUCAUUACGUCACUGUAUACGUCCGUAACGUCGCUACGUUUGCAUAAACCUUGGCGCGAAUAUCGAAGCAAAAACAACACGGAAGAAGCAGCAGCAGCAACAACAAUAAUAAUAAUGGAUGACUUCGCAUUUGUACAGCUGCUGCUUCUCGUCGCUUAAAAAUGGCGAUCUUUCACGGUCUUGUUAUUGUUGUUGGUCUUAACAACUCCGCCCCCCCGCUGACGUAAGCGGUUCUUUCCUCUGGCCCAGCAGAGAGUUGGUGCUAGCCUGAAACCGUUUUUUCUGGCCCCAGAGCCAGUUCUUUGUCAGUGGAAACAGAA